AUGUACUCAUUUGUAGCAUUUGUACGGGCAGUGCCUAUAAUUAGUAUGUUCAGAAUUAGAAAAGACCCCGAAGCCACUUCCUCUUGUACCCUCUAUUCUAGACAGCUAACUGACCCUGAUGGUGCCUGGCCGUCCCUGCUCCGAGGCUCGGGAGCACUGCGCUGUGAAGGAUGUGCACCCCGUCCCCCGCCCCCGUGUCUGCGGGAGCUGAGGCGGGAGCGCUGCCGUGACGUGCACAGGGUCACUCUGCCGGCAGCUGGUGGGCGCGCCUUGAGACAGCUCCUCGCCAGGCCUCCCGCUGUGGCCGCUGCCGAGUGGCCGAACUGCUGUGCGGAAGGACGGACCCUGAUUUCCUCGUUGCUGCCAUCGCAACAGUUGGUUUCAGAUGCCCUGCUGGUCACCGUGCACCUGCCCCUGAACCUGGAUAGUGCCCAGGGAUGA